CGCGCAGGUACCGUAUCAAUCAUUCUGACGUCACUUUAUGAUUGCAUCACCACCAAUCACUAUUCAUCAACAGAUUCUGUGUACCUAUUUCAUUCGUUUAAUAAUUAUUAUUCUACUAUUUCCUAAUCUCCAUUGACUCCAUUCAACAAUCAACAGUCAAAAUUACGAAACGCGAGUCAGAGGACCGACCGGAGCAGACCUUUAUGCGAUAGUCGUCCAAUUAUUGUCGAGAUUACCGAAAACUGUACGACGUACGUCAGUGUCGUCAGACAGGCAGUCAUUCCAUUCCGAACGUCGACGUCCCGCCCUUGACCAGUAAGUUGUAUACCUACGUCGUCCAUUAUACCGCAUCAGCGAUAUAGGUCCAAAUAGAUCCCGGCCAAUAGAUCUAAAUAUCCCGGCACAAUGGCUGAUAACAAAGGACAGAGCACAAAAAAGCCGACCGACUCCCAAAAGAAACUCCAAGAGUCUCAAGCUCAGGUUGAUGAGGUCGUUGGAAUUAUGAGAGUCAACGUUGAAAAGGUAUUAGAACGAGAUCAAAAAUUAUCAGAGUUAGACAAUCGUGCAGAUGUUUUGCAACAAGGUGCAUCUCAAUUUGAGCAACAUGCUACAAAACUUAAAAGGAAGAUGUGGUGGAAAAAUUUAAAGAUGAUGAUUCUAUUGGGAGUUAUUGUAGCAGUACUUUUGAUUCUUAUUGUCGGGUCAUUCUUUGGUUCCAAUUGAGUCAUACUGUUUAUGAACAGAAAAAAGCGGAAUUGUCAUUUUACAUCCUGAAAGCAUUAACUUAACAUUAUUAUUAUUAAUAUAAAUUGUGAUAAAUAAUAAAAUAAUGUGUCGCGGAAUUGCAUUUUUAAUAGAUUGCAAUAUUACAUUAUAUACAUAUUUGAAUUUUUUGUCUGUUGCUAGAAAUAUUUUAUUUAAUCUAAGAAAUUUAUUUAAUUUUUUAAUACUCAAAUAACUAUAAACAGAACUUUUUUUUGUUAUUCAUAAAACAUUCAACACUGUACAGUAAACUAAAUUCUAAUAUAUAAUCAUUAAUAAUUUUUAAUUUAUUCCUUUAUUAUUAUUGAUUAUUAUUACUUUUAAUUUAAUUUGAGGUUUUAAUUGGCUAUGGUAAUAAAAUAUUAUUGUAUUGAAUAUAAUAUUAUUUAAUGUAUUUUAUUUUAUUUUUUUAUAUCAAACAAAUUAUUUUUAUAAUGUAGGCUGAUUGAAUAUAAAAUAUAUUAUAUUUCUUGUAAAACUUGUCAACAACAUUUAUUUUUGUUACUAAUAACUUUAUAAUAUUUAUUGUUAAAAUGUUGAAAGCUUUAAGAAAUAUAUUAUGAAAACAUCAAUUAA